CGAGCUUAAGAGUCAGAAGUCUAAUUAACUCCCAGACACUGAGCAGAUCCUGUUUCCAGCCUCACCUUUCGAUCUGAAGUUGGUUUUAAGCUCUUGCCACCAUGCCUGCUGAUUACAAUGGGACGUGGGAAAUGGAAACCAAUGAAAACUUUGAAGGCUACAUGGUUGCUCUAGGUAUCGAUUUUGCAACUCGUAAGAUUGCAAAACACCUGAAACAAACAAAGGAGAUUAUUCAAGAUGGAGAUAAUUUUAAAACAAAAACACUCAGUACUUUCAGAAACUAUGAACUGAAUUACACUGUGGGAGUGGAGUUUGAAGAACAUACCAAAGGACUGGAUAACCGAGUGGUAAAGACACUAGUGACUUGGGAUGGUGACAAACUGGUAUGCGUUCAGAAAGGUGAAAAGAACAACAGGGGCUGGAAGCACUGGAUUGAAGGAGACCUACUGCAUCUGGAACUGACAUGUGAAGACCAGGUGUGCCAUCAGAUAUUUAGGAAGAAAAACUAAAAUUGACCGGAAAGCCACCCAGACCUUCAUCACACUAUUAUGCUGGGGUUUUUUUAGUCUAAAAAGAAGAAGGGAG